AUGUACGACCCCCAUGUGGGGCACAGACCUUUACAAAUGGCUCAUCAUUCGCCUCACAUGAAUCAUGCGGCUGCCAUGCAUGGAUAUCAUGGAAAUCACGUUAGUUCGGCUGUUACUAAUCAUGUGAUGAGUUCUGGAGUUCCUGACGUACACAAACGGGAUAAGGAUGCUAUUUACGGGCAUCCGUUAUUCCCUUUGCUAGCGUUAAUAUUUGAAAAAUGCGAAUUGGCAACGUGCACGCCUCGGGAUCCUGGAGUUGCCGGUGGAGACGUUUGUUCUUCCGAAUCAUUCAACGAGGAUAUUGCCGUUUUUUCUAAACAAAUCCGCCAGGAGAAACCGUAUUAUAUUGCCGAUCCGGAAGUCGAUUCACUUAUGGUGCAAGCAAUUCAGGUACUUCGGUUCCACCUUUUGGAAUUGGAAAAGGUUCACGAACUCUGUGAUAACUUUUGCCAUAGAUAUAUAAGUUGUUUGAAAGGCAAAAUGCCUAUAGAUCUUGUGAUCGAUGAGAGGGAUCCAACGGCGAAACCUCUUGAAUUAGGUGGAUCAACAAAUGGCAAUGAAGGGACGCGAAGCAAUGCUGAUUCAACGUCACAUACGGAUGGUGCCAGCACUCCUGAUGUGGAGGCAAUGGUUGUCGUUUUAUUCUCGUUCGAUCAACGUUUAUAA